CUUUGAGGUUGUCGCCUGCAGAUAGAGACCAGAUGACACCAACCCAUCAACCUCCGUGUGCUCUACCAGCAAUCUCCAACCUUUCCAUCUUUCCACCAUUACAAAUGUCGAUCAUCCAACCUCGUUCACUUCACGCCGCUCUGUUACAACUCAAACUUCCAAUUGCUUUUCCCCAUACCAAUCAGACAAGAGGGACACAAAUCCUAAGAUUUCAAGUUUUUGUAUUAUCCUCAACCUGCAAACAAGAUGAUGGAAUCUGGUGUUCCAAUAUGCCACACAUGUGGUGAUCAAGUUGGCCAUAGUUCCACCGGCGAAUUGUUUGUAGCCUGCCAUGAAUGCAAUUUUCCCAUUUGUAAGUCCUGUUUGGAUUAUCAGUUCAAGGAGGGAAAUACCGCCUGCAUGAGGUGUGGAGCUCCUCAAUAUGAUGCAGAGAAUCCAAUGUCUGCAAUUAAUGAACCAGAACUAUCUAACAACCAUAUCAAUUUGCCAGUUCAACCAAACAAUGGACAGGAUGUUGGAAUUCAUGCGAGAAACGUGAGUAGCGUGUCUACGCUUGACAGUGAAUUGAAUGAUGAAUAUGGGAACCCCAUAUGGAAAAAUAGAGUGGAAAGCUGGAAAGAGAAGAAGGGAAAAAAGAAAAAAGCUGCUAAUAAGGUUAAAGAAGCUGAAGUUCCACCAGCUCAGCAAAUGGAAGAGAAGCCUCAGGCAGUAGAUACUAUGCAGCCUUUGUCAAGAAUUGUUCCAAUCCCAAAGACACAGCUCACAACCUACAGAAUUGUAAUCAUAUUGAGGCUGAUUGUUUUAGCCCUUUUUUUCCAGUACAGAGUGACUCAUCCCGUUGAUGGUGCUUUUGGCCUGUGGAUUGUUUCUGUUAUUUGCGAGAUCUGGUUUGCUGUAUCUUGGGUUUUGGAUCAGUUUCCUAAAUGGUCGCCUAUUAACAGAGAAACAUAUAUAGACAGGCUUUCUGAAAGGUAUGAGAAGGAAGGUGAGCCUUCACAGCUUGCUGCUGUUGAUUUCUUUGUUAGUACAGUCGAUCCAUUGAAAGAGCCUGCACUUAUAACUGCAAACACGGUUUUGUCCAUCCUUGCUGUGGACUACCCAGUUGAUAAGGUUUCUUGCUAUGUCUCUGACGAUGGAGCAGCCAUGCUUAGUUUCGAAUCUCUUGCUGAAACAGCUGACUUUGCAAGGAUGUGGGUACCGUUCUGCAAGAAAUUCUCCAUUGAACCUCGUGCACCCGAGUUCUACUUCUCACAGAAGAUUGAUUACUUGAAGGACAAAGUUCAGCCAUCUUUUGUCAAGGAACGUAGAUCAAUGAAAAGGGAAUAUGAAGAGUACAAAGUGCGGAUAAAUGCAUUAGUAUCCAAGGCUCAGAAAAUGCCAGAAGAAGGAUGGACAAUGCAGGAUGGAACACCUUGGCCUGGAAACAACUCACGUGAUCAUCCAGGCAUGAUUCAGGUUUUCCUUGGGCAUAGUGGUGCCCAUGACAUAGAAGGAAAUGAACUCCCUCGCCUAGUUUACGUCUCUAGGGAGAAGAGGCCCGGUUAUCAGCAUCACAAGAAGGCUGGUGCCGAAAAUGCUUUGGUACGAGUAUCUGCAGUGCUAACGAAUGCGCCUUUCAUCCUCAAUCUCGAUUGUGAUCAUUACAUCAACAAUAGCAAGGCAAUCCGUGAGGCCAUGUGCUUCAUGAUGGAUCCAUCAGUUGGACGUGAUCUAUGUUACGUGCAAUUCCCCCAGAGGUUUGAUGGCAUUGAUAGACAUGAUCGAUAUGCAAAUCGCAACACAGUCUUCUUCGAUGUUAACAUGAAGGGAUUGGAUGGUAUUCAAGGACCAGUUUACGUAGGAACGGGUUGUGUCUUCAACAGGCAAGCACUUUAUGGAUAUGGACCUCCCAACUUGCCCGGAAAAACCAAAUCGUCCUCGUCAUCUUGUUCGUGGUGUGGAAGUUGUUGUUGCUGUUGUUUGUCGAAGAAACCUAGUAAAGAUGGCAAGGAAGAUUAUCGAGAUUCCAAGAGGGAUGAUCUAAAUGCUGCUAUUUUCAAUCUAAGAGAACUUGAAAAUUAUGAUGAGUAUGAGAGAUCACUUCUUAUCUCCCAGACAAGCUUUGAGAAGACAUUCGGUUUAUCCUCAGUGUUCAUAGAAUCUACAUUAAUGGAGAAUGGAGGAUUGCCUGAAUCAGCAUAUUCAUCAACUCUUAUAAAGGAGGCGAUCCAUGUCAUUAGCUGUGGGUAUGAGGAAAAGACUGCAUGGGGUAAAGAGAUUGGUUGGAUAUACGGUUCAGUGACAGAGGAUAUAUUGACUGGAUUCAAAAUGCAAUGUCGUGGAUGGAGAUCAGUUUACUGCAUGCCAUUGAGACCUGCAUUUAAGGGAUCUGCACCGAUCAACUUGUCUGACCGGUUGCAUCAGGUUCUCAGGUGGGCACUUGGUUCAGUGGAGAUCUUUCUAAGUAGACACUGUCCUCUUUGGUAUGGUCUUGGAGCAGGACGUCUAAAGGGACUCCAAAGAAUGGCUUAUAUUAACACCAUUGUUUAUCCUUUCACUUCUCUCCCUCUAGUUGCUUAUUGCAUUCUCCCCGCCAUUUGUCUCCUCACUGGAAAAUUCAUCAUACCAACGCUGUCAAAUCUGGCGAGUAUGUUGUUUCUGGCACUCUUCAUCUCCAUCAUCCUAACGAGUGUAAUCGAGCUCCGAUGGAGCGGCGUGAGCAUCGAAGCGGUUUGGAGGAACGAGCAGUUCUGGGUAAUAGGAGGCGUUUCGGCCCAUCUAUUCGCCGUGUUCCAAGGAAUCUUGAAAAUGACAGUGGGUCUGGACACCAACUUUACAGUUACGGCAAAGGCGGCGGACGACGUGGACUUCGGGGAACUGUACGCGUUCAAAUGGACCACGGUUUUGAUUCCUCCGACGACAAUUAUAAUCGUGAACAUAGUUGGGGUGGUUGCGGGUUUCUCUGACGCAAUGAACAAAGGUUACGAGGCGUGGGGACCGCUGUUCGGGAAGGUGUUCUUUGCGUUUUGGGUGAUUCUUCAUCUUUAUCCGUUUUUGAAGGGAUUGAUGGGAAGACAGAAUAGGACUCCGACCAUUGUUGUACUUUGGUCAGUUUUGUUGGCAUCUGUGUUCUCUUUGGUGUGGGUUAAGAUUAACCCUUUUGUCAGUAAUAAUGAUGCUACUAAGUUGACACAAGGAUGCAUCUCUAUUGAUUGUUGAUGCCCCCAUUUCUCAAUGUUGUUUUGCAAAUUGUUAUACCAAGUUUCAUUUUUCAAUGUAUAAUUAA